AAGAAAAUCCUCUUUUACUCUAGAGAGUCUAGAGUAAGACCUCAUUUGGUAUGAAGCAUGACCAUGGCUUUAAGUUCACUUUUUUGCUCCAUUCGUUCCAUUCCCACAUCCAUGACCAUGACUUUAACUUCUGCUGGAAACAUACCUUCUUCACACACUUGUUUACCUUGUACUGCUAGUUUUAUUAGACACAACCAAUGCAAGAGAGAGUUUCCACUCCCAGCUGUGGCUUCAGUACCUUACCAACCUAUCAACUUUGAUUACUUGGAAGAAGAAUUCAGUGGACGUGGAGUCACCUUUGAAGGGGUUGGCAAUAGUUGCAUUGCCAAGAUGGAAUUGAAAAAUGGAAGCAUUGCAACCAUGUUGCUGCCAAGUGGAUUGAUCACCUCCUAUAAGGCCCCAAUGUGGCAUGGUGGUAAGGUGGAAUUGCUCCAUACUACAGUGUCAGAGGGAGAAUAUGGUGAUGCCAUCAUUCAAGGAGGGGUGUCUUUAAACUUCAAUUUUCAAACUGAUGAUGGUGAAGUUUCAUGGUCUCCAACUAAUUGGAUUCUGCAUGAUAUUAAAGGAGAUGCUGAGGAAUCCAUUCAGGUAGAAUUAAUAAACAGAACAUCAGAGGACAAGAUUGGAUUAAAAUACAUUGUGACUUUGGAAGAAGAUGUCUUAAGCACAGGGCUUGAAAUCUCAAACUCAAACUCUUUGCCCCUUCGGAUGACAGGGUCCAUCCUGAGUCAUCUGACAGUAAGCUCACCAGAUGCAACUUAUGCAAUAGGAUUAGAAAGAUCAAAUUACUAUAGAAAGCCCCCUUUUGAAUCAGAAUUUAUUUUGAGUCCUCCUGAUUCAAAGAAGGAAGAAGGUUUUGGAAAAAUAUGGAAUUCUUUUUUUCCUCUCCGGGGCACAAAAAAUCAGAACAAUGAAGCAGAAGGAAGCCAAAAAGGUAUUGAAGAUAUGACUGGAGAAGAAAUGGACGGCUACAAGAAUUUAAAAAAGAAAAUGAGUCUCGUAUACACAAACGCACCACGAAAUAUUACAGUGAUUGACAGGGGCAGAAGAAACUCGGUGAUAGUUGGAAGGAAUGGAUUUGAUGAAAUGUACCUCUUCAGUCCAGGUUCAAGCAAUGAAAUUUACAGCAAGUAUGAUUACGUAUGUGUUGGCCAAGCUGCUGUCCUCAAACCAAUAGUAAUAAGUCCUGAAGAUGAGUGGAGAGGUGGCCAUUUUAUACACAAUCCAAAUCGAUAAUAUGAUGCUUAAGCUCAUCUUUGCGAUUUUCUUGAGCAAAUUAAUCUGAUAGCACAUUCAAAAAUGCGCUUCAUGAGUAACAUUUAGGUUUGUACUUUUGAAUUUUUAUUUUUGGUGAGAUGAAUAAAGGAUAA